AUGCGCAUUGCUAUUUUACCUCCUGAUAAAGAACAAAGACGGCAACAGUAUGUAUGUGUCACUCGUGACUACAUGCAGCCAUGCUUUUCAGUUAGAUGCGGAGAUAUACUUAUCUUAAAAGGCGAAACUAAUUGUCGUAUUCAAGCCAAAAAUCCCCUGACUGGUGAAAGCUUUAUCUUGCCCAGAGAUGUCGUGACCGAUAUUCAUGGCAAGUCAAUCGUUUUCGAUGCUUGGGAAUCUAUUGAUCGUGACGGAGCCGACAGAUUGCUCAGUAUGUACGGAGUAGAACAUGGCACGUUUAUUCUCCGUCCCUCAUCUGAUAAUAAGAGUAUUGGCUUAAGUGUGCGUCAGUCAAAUCAGUCUCUAGUGGAGCAUUACAAGAUUGAGUUGAAUAAGGACAAGCAGUACCAUUUGAAGCCGUCGCCUCCGUUUGAGCGUCUAUUCGAUCUCAUCACAUACUACAUGGAAAAUCCUGGUUGUCUGAAAUGCACCCGUCUCAAACCAUACCAUUCAUCCUCAAAUGGAAUGUAUUCGACUCCUGAAAGUGGUCCCGAAGUUCUAGUGAAAGGAUUAAAGAUUUUUAUCACGAAAGUUCUUAAAACCGGUGAUUUCUCCAAAGUAUACCGUGGCUCCUAUCAUACACACGAUGUUGCAGUUAAGUGCUUCAACUUAUCAACAAACACUUCGAUGCUCUGCAAGGAUCUGCAAUAUUUGAAAUCUCUCGACUUCUGCGUUAAAGUUUUUGAUGUUUUUACCGAUCACAUACGCGAGAUGGGUUCACAAUUAAUUGUAGUCAUGCAAAUGAUGGACCAUGGCUCCCUCAAGCACUUUCUUACAACGCCCGAGGCCAAGACGAUGCCGUUCAGUAGUUUAUUGGAUAUUGUGCGAAUGAUUGCAAAUGGAAUGGAAUAUUUGGAGAGAAAUGAGAUUGUGCACACGAACUUGAAGGAUACCAACGUCUUACUUGACUGUGAUGGCAACGUCAAACUCGCUGAUGUGGGCAUUCGAGGUCUCCUGGCCAAAAUCAAGGGAGCUCCUCCAGAGAUGUUUGCGUUCGAUUGUUGGUCGGCGCCAGAACUAAAAGCUCAUCCAACCAACUUUACCUUUAAAUCGGAUGUUUGGGCAUUUGGAAUUCUCGGCUAUGUUGUUUUGACGCGUGGUGAAGAACCCUACUGUAGUAAGUCAGUUUCCACAAACAAUAACUUCCUCUCCUCUUUGUGA